AUGUUGUACUUUUCGUACAACACUGUUCGCUGGGCGGAUCUUGAGGAGAAGGACUGGCUAGAACUCGAAGAUUCAUAUCUCGAGUUAUUUGUGAAUGCGCAGGGCAAGAAGGUCUGGAUGGACGGCGCGAUGGCCUCAACCAAUGAGGAUUUUGAGUGGGAGGUGUAUUACAGUCGACGGGUGAUAUAUUGGGUGUUGACACUGAGGUGGAAUCUGAGGUUUGAGGCUCAAAAAUGGUGCAAGGGCAGGGCUCACUAUUGCCCAAAAAGGAAGGGGAAAUUUGUAUGUAACCUGCCCUACACGGCCCGACCCAAUGACAUAGAAGAAGCCCUCGCCGCGAAUGGCUUCAGCCGCCUAGAAAAGAUUCAUAUAUCGAUCGAUCCUGUCAGCGGGCGAAACCCAGGGUACUGCUUCGUCGAAUUCCCCGAUCGCAACACCGCAGACGAUGCCCUCGCCUCGUUGAGCGCAACCAUCGGCGGACGGCCCAUCAAAGUCGGCCAGUGUGAUCCCAAAAAGCAGCGCGAUCGAGGCUGGAACCGCGACGGCGGGGAGAGAGAGAGUUUCCAACGCUGGGGUGACUGGGCCACCAAAUCUGGCGAGGACAACGUCGCUAGUGGCAGAUUUAACAAGGACGUCAAGGAUGGUCCUUACAGUGCAUUGUCUCAUUUUCAAGAUAUGGCUCAGAGCCAGGAGGGACGGAGGCUCUACGUUGGUGGCUUGGGGAAGAUGAUCGACCAAGCCCAACAUAAUGAAACUUUGACGGAGAUUUUCUCCGACUUUAGCCCGAUCGCGAUUGGAAAACGCAUCACGCCGCAUCAGAGCACCAGGUCCAUGCAAGGCAACCACCACUACUGCUUCGUUGACUUUGAAACCAGGGAGGAGGCGAAUGCAGCAAUGAGGGCCCUCAAUGGCAAGUUCAUUACGGAGGGGUCAAUGGAAGGCAAGCUGAAGGUAGCACUGGCGGGCGGCAUGCCAGACAAGUUGAUCUCUCGAACGGAUGGCAGACAAGGAGACCGUCGACGCUUCGACAGAGACGGGCCGCGCCAGUAUGAGUCCCGGUCAGGGAACAGGGAACAAGGGAGUAGGAGCACAGCGUCCACUGACUGGCGCAGGAGAGACGACAACUAA